AUGUCGCACAGCAAUACAACUGAGGACGUGCGGUCAGGCCUGUCUGCUCUUGAUAUCCAGAGGCUGAAUUAUCCGAAAUGGGCGCAUCAAAUCGUUGGCGGUGUUUUAGUGUUAAUUGGAUGUUUCGGUUUUGUAGAAAACGUGUUGGUAAUUUAUACAUUUACCAAAAACAAACACUUGCUGUCCCCGACAAACAUUUUUAUCCUUGGCGUGGCUAUUGGUGAUCUGUGCAUGUGCUGUUUGGGACACCCUUUAGAAUCGGCAUCGGCUAUCAACGGAGCCUGGUUCGCCGGGGACGCGGCGUGUGUUCUUGUGGGAUUCGUAGUCUACCUGUUUGGACUGUCUCAGCUUUAUCUCCUAUCAGCGGUCAGUAUAGACAGGUACAUCGUCAUAACCAAGCCUCUACUAACGCCAAAAAUCACGACCAAAGUCGCCUGUGCGAGCGUUGCCGGGUGUUUUGGGAUUGCCCUGAUUUGGGCCGUAUGUCCCUUAAUAGGCUGGAGCAGCUAUGGACUAGAGGCAUCUGGUGUAUUUUGUGGGCUUCACUGGAACGACGUCAGCGUAUCUAAUACGUCUUACGUCAUCACGAUCACGAUCUUCUGCUUCUUUUUCCCUCUCGGCAUUAUGAUCUUCUGCUACUAUCACGUUUUCAUGACGGGUUCCAACCCCGGUCUGAGCACUAGCCACGUAAGCGUCGGAUUCCGGUUUCGACUCCGAAAGUCUCGCUUCGUAAGAAAAUGGUCCAUGGUUCUGGAUUCAAACCGGGACCCUUCUGGCAAAGAUCUGAACGUUUGGACCAUAAGCUACGGGUUUUCACCUCGGGACUCAAACCAAGAACCGUCGCUAACAUACCAAACCGAGCACCAGCAUGAGAGCUCGCCUCGCAAGCGAUUGGUGAUCGAGUUCAAGUGCCGGUCUGAGUACUACCCCUGUCAAGAGCCUCAACAGCAGUUCGGUAUGGGAUAUGAACAGCAGAAUGGCUCGCAAAAACCUAAAACUCGAGCGAAGAAUUUUGAAAAGCUGCGUCAUCAUGUGUGGUAUGGAAUUUACUGGAUCGUGUGGACGCCAUACGCAGUCGUCUCUUUCGUCCAGGUGUUUGGCGACCCGGACAGCGUGCCGCUAUGGAUGGCGGAGCUUCCGGCAGCGGUGGCCAAGUCCCAGGUGGUCUGGAACCCCAUCAUCUACGUCGGCACCAAUAAGAAAUUCAUGGUUGCAUUUUACCAGGUGUUAGUUUGUUCGUUGGUGUCACACGGCAGAACUUAA